GCCGCGGCCGCGACUCCCGGCCCGCCGCCGCCGAAGAGGGAAGCGGGGACUGGGGCGCAGGGGGCGGGGCGGCGUCGGGCUCGGGGAGAGCUGGGGGAGGAGCGCGGCGGCGACGGCCGCGGCGGUGGAAGACGUGGAAGAGGCGGAGGCGCGCUCUCCCUCUCCUCAGAUCGCCUCAGAUCCCCGAGCGCCCGGGACGCGGAGCCCGGAACUGAGGGGACGCGGCGACGGUGGGGGCCCCGGGUUGUUGUGAAAAGUAAAUAAAAUGUGCAUGAAAUUACUUACUAAGCUUUCCUAGCACAUACUGGCCAUCAAAGAGAAAUUGAAUCUGAAUAAUAUUCCUGGGAAAAGGAACACAAAAGUCUACAAUGCUGUUCCCUAACUAGAACAACAGUACUAGAGAGAAAAGGAGAUCACCAACUCCAAGAAUUUCAAAGAGCCAGGACUUUGUUUUUAUCACUUCAUACUACAAACUAAUGUUGUCUACUUGAAAUCUGAGAUAACUGCAUUCAGAGCCCAGACUGCAAAAGGAUACUUUUCUUCUGUGUAGUUUGCGAUUAAAGAAACUGCAAUGUCUAGGAAACAAAACCAGAAGGAUUCAUCAGGAUUCAUUUUUGAUUUGCAGUCCAAUACUGUACUGGCCCAGGGAGGAACUUUUGAAAACAUGAAAGAGAAGAUAAAUGCUGUGCGUGCAAUAGUUCCCAAUAAGAGCAACAAUGAAAUCAUCCUGGUUUUGCAGCACUUUGAUAAUUGUGUGGACAGAACAGUACAAGCAUUCAUGGAAGGUAGUGCAAAUGAAGUGCUCAAAGAAUGGACCAUAACAGGCAAAAAAAAGAAUAAAAAGAAGAAAAGCAAACCCAAACCUGCAGUUGAAGCAAAUAACAGUCUCCCGAGUUCCAGUCAAACUGUUUCCACUCAAGAGGAGCAGUCUGCACCUUCCUCAGAAAAGGGUGGUGUCAACGGAUACCAUGUCAACGGUGCUGUCCAUGACUCAGAGUCUGUGGACUCAUUCAGUGAAGGCGUGGAGACCCUUUCAAUAGAUGCCAGAGAACUGGAGGAUCCCGAGUCUGCCUCACCAGUGGAUAGAACAAGACCUGCACUGGAGAAUGGUGUCUCCGGUUUGGAGUCCAAGUCUUUGUCUGUGCACUCUCCUCAGAACUCUCAACAAAAUAGGAAUGCUGCCAAAUCGCUCUCAAGACCUACCACAGGAUCUCAGUUUUCAAAUCUGGGCAUGGAAGAUGUGCCAGUCUUCACCAACAAAAAGCUAGGUUCCAGUAUUGAAAAAUCCAUGAAAGACCUUCAACGCUGUACAGUGUCUCUUGCACGGUAUCAGGUUGUAGUUAAAGAAGAGAUGGAUACUUCCAUUAAGAAAAUGAAGCAAACUUUUGCAGAAUUGCAGAGCUGUUUAAUGGAUCGAGAAGUUGCACUGCUUGCUGAAAUGGACAAAGUGAAAGCUGAAGCAAUGGAAAUCUUGCUCGGUCGACAAAAGAAAGCAGAACUUCUAAAGAAGAUGACUGACAUGUCCGUGCAAAUGUCGGAGGAGCAAUUGGCCGAGCUCCGUGCUGAUAUCAAGCACUUUGUUAGUGAACGUAAAUAUGAUGAGGAUCUGGGCCGAGUCGCUCGGUUCACCUGUGACCUAGAGACCCUGAAGAAGAACAUUGAGUCACUUGGACAAGUGUCCCAUCCAAAGAACAGCUAUUCAACCAGAUCCCGAUGUAGCUCUGCCGCAUCUGUGUCCUUGAAUAGCCUAUGUGAUGCCUCUGCUGCUUCCUCUUCCACCUGUGCCUCUACUCCCAGCGUCACAAGUGCUAACAAGAGAAACUCGGCACCAGGAGAGACUCCUGCAGCUGUCACACACUCCAGUGGCCGGCCCUACCAACCUCAGCGAGAGGUAUUUUCAGGAAAUAGACGAGGAGGCCAAGGCUACAGGCCACAAAGCCAAAAGUCCGGUGACCCCACGAACCAAGGGCGCCAUGACAGUGCGGCUCGUUACAGAAAUAGCUCCUGGUAUUCAUCUGGCUCCAGGUAUCCGAGUACUGUACCGCAGACGCCAGGAAACACCAGUGAAUGGGGCCAGACUCACUCUGCAGGGACCAAUGGAACUGGCGGCAGCGUGGAGCGCUGUCCUCCCCAGCCCUCAUUCAAAAAGGGGCUCCCCCCACGCAAGCCCAGGACCACUCAGCCUGAAGCUGUGAACUCUUGAGGAAAAUACCAGGUGACCUCGCUCCUCUCGCCACACAAUUUGACUUGAUAACUGGACUUUAGGAAACUCGUAGUUAGAUUUAAUAACAAAAAAAGAAGUUUACGCAUACCACUUUUUAUGCUAUUCUAAAUAUUUUUUGGUUUCUUUUUCAUUUCCCCUUUGGAGGGGAAGCUGUUUUUUUUUUCUCUUAACCUUUCCCAGCAAUAAGGAUUCCUUCUGAUUGGAUGUUUUCACCAGGAAUCACAGGCCACUGUUGCCAGCUUUCCCCAGGGAAGCACCGUGCUGCCCGCUUCACAGGCCUGCCGGGGCUGCCGCGGCUCUGGGAAAGGCCACGCAGAGCUCUGCACGUUUCCCCGGCCUGUGGGGCCCCCUCAGACCAGCCUGGAACUCGGAGAGGCACCAGGCAUUGUGUGCAGCUCUGAACGAGCCAGAGGAGCAGAAGUGCAAUUGGUGAGAGGGAGAAACGCCCCAAACACGGGAGAGCCUGCUCUGUUUCCACAGUGCGCCUGAGGUGUCCACCUGGCAUUCAGCACACGGCUCACUCUGCAGCUUCCUCACACCUUACACGCACCCAGCCGAAGGAGCUCCAUGGGAAAGUAGCAUUGAAUUAAAGUGAAAAAAGGGAAAACAAGAAUUCUCUCGGUUUGAAUGUUUGAAGAUUUCCUCUUGUUCUCUCUCUUUCCUGAAUUCUAUUCUGAUUCUGACCCAAAUUUAUAGCAAUAUAAUUAGUAUUAAUCUAAGGUGUUACCUAUUAAAAAAUUGCCAUUUAAACUUUAUAGUUGAAUAAAUAAAAGCAAUUGCAUAAACGUUUCCA